UGUUCUAAUUUAUCACUCAUGUGCGUUGCUUUCAGCGGCUUUUGCUCCAGUACUACCUGUUAUAUUUUCGAGCACGGUGCUAAGACUGAAUGUUAAUUUUUGCUGUUAAAGUGUUUUAUUCAACGCAAUCUGCUAAACCGACCUUCUUAUCACUAGGAAUUUAUAUAAUUUUGACCCAUUCAGUACAAGUGUUCACGGCGCAGUGAAAUAAUUUGCCGGUUUCGUACCUUAUACUGUGAGGGUACAUACAGUUAGCAAGAAGAACUGAUUAAAUCAACGCAUUAAAUUCCAGAUUUCCUGCUCUUCGGUUUUUACCAUUUUUUUAUUGAAAACGAAAUGGCAGUCAACAAUAUUCCUAUCGAACUCGGAUCCAGCUGCCGGUUCGUUUUCCAGAUUGCCGAUUACAUUGCCAGAGGCGCUUUUGGCACUGUCUACAAGGGAACUAUCACCGAUCCUGGCGAUUUUACUGGAGAUAAGGUCGUAGCAAUUAAAGUCGUCUACGUAGACAAAACGUCAAAAAUUUCAAUCUGCCAAGAGAGCUGGACGGAAUGGCGUAAACGUAUUAAACUUCUUCUCCAACUGAAGCACGAUAAUUUGGUUUCAUAUCACAAAGUUGAAGUUCUGAAAGGCCAGGGAGGCCCCUAUUUCCAGAUCAUGAUGGAUUACCUUGACGGCGAUUUGGCUUCUCUUUUUCAUAAGCUACGAAUGGACGAAGGACUGCUGGCUGCUGCAACUGUAAAGCGUCAUAUGUUAGAAAUGGCAAGAGGUCUGAACUUUCUGCACAGCCUUAAUAUCAUCCACGGAGAUCUAAAACCAGCUAAUGUGUUGAUAAAGCAAGUGAAAUCCGGGCUGACGUCCUUUUUAAUCGGAGACCUGGAUGAUGUGGUGAGGAUGCAGCGGGAAGAAACGUGUUCAGGAGAUAUAACUCAUAUUCGUGGAACGACAAGAUACAUGUCCCCUGAGAUGUUGGGAAAAUUUGUGCAGUUGCGCGCAGAGUCACCCGGACGGAAAACAGACAGCUGGAGUUUGGGCUGCAUCAUGUUGGAACUGGCUAACUUUAUCAGUGGCGAACAUCAAAAGUGGUUGAGCAAAGAUUCCGAACGUCCUAUAGCAGCCGAAAAUGCUAACGAGAACCAAUACGCUGCUUUCGUCAUGCAGGGUUACGCCCCGUUCGUUACGGACUCAGUUCCGGGACAUCUAGCGAUGUGCAUCCGACAAUGUUUAAAAGUAAUGAGCCAAUACAGAAUGCCAGCGGACGAAUUGGUUUCACAAUUGGAAAAUUUUAGACCUCAAACCAGUGCAUCUGUACCAUCAAAAUCUUCUGCAACAGAUAACGAUGAAUGUCAGCAGACACCGUUUUUCGAGUAUUUACAAAGUAUUCGCCACGUUAUUGCCGCUGUCAUCAACAGUGGCCUUGAGUCGGCGACAUGUUAUGGAGGAAUAUUUCCUGAAAAUAUUUUUUGUGGCGACAGUCAAGCAGUCACUCUCGGUGGUGUCCAGAAUUUGCUUCGUUUGUGGAUGAUGUGGAUCGAUGUGAGUUCGCGCAAUGUGAUUUACAUUCCGCCUGAAGGCAUCGCAGCGCUACCCGACUCAACCGGAGAUACUAGUAAGUCGGAUUCAUGGGCACUGGGAUGUUUGACAAUUUCGCUCAUCAAUAACAAAGUGCCGCCGAAGCUUGUGCGAUGUGGUCGGAUCGGUUCCACUGUUAAAGUUUUCAAAAUGCAACAACCGUUGCUUCCCAACAUGCAAGCAUUUUAUAGUGGAGCAAAGCUGCAGACCGGUUUCGUAAUUGGUCCCAAAAUCGAUUUGGUCCGACCGAUUCCUGGUGCUUGCGAGGAUUUUUUAGGCCACUGCUUAGAGCUGGACCCGGCAAAGCGAUGGAGCUUGCAACAACUGCAGUCUCAUCCUUUUGUGGAUCUGAGCAAGACUGUGAAGGAUCUUUGUGCACUAGAUACUAUGUUUUUUGAAGAAUGGCCAUCUUUUAAGGAAAAGUUCGAGCUGACGAAGGUGCGGACUCACCCGUAUUUACGAAGUGAUGAUGUAAUGUUGCCGCAUCAACUGGGAGAACUCGUAUACAAACGUUCUCGUGACCUUGAGCCACGGGUGGUUGAUAUCUGGCGCUUUGCAUUGCACGGCAAAGGGGCACACGAACUGCAAAAGCUAAGUAGUUUGUGGAUGAAAGCUUUUGGUCGGCUGGUCUGUGCGUUGACCAUAGAUUACAGUGCGGAAGAACUGACUAGUGCUUCUAGAAUUCGAGCGUUGCAGGACGGUAGUAGAAACGUGCUGCAACACUUUGGCUGUCGAUUUGUCGAGCCGAGCCAUUCUGCUUUUCCACUCGAGCUGCAGAUUUUUACGGAACACUGUACAGGACGCUCAUUCAAAGACGUGGCUAACUAUAAACUUUCCAUCGAAAUAAUUGUUAAGUGGACUCGAGAGGUGUUGCGAGGCCUCAAGUAUCUUAAUGGACACAGCAUAGCGCAUCGCAGUGUCAACAGCAAUGUUAUCUUAUUCAGCGAAGCCUAUUUCAUGGGAACCAUCAAAAUCGGAGGCUUUCAGUAUAUGCGGCAGCUGGAAACCGACCGUACGGAACGGCACGGAGUGAGUGCGCGUCAGGGGCAAGAUGGACGGUUUGCUGCUCCCGAAAUGGUUAAUUCCUUUUGGGAAGACGUGGACGUAGGAAGAAAAUGUGAUAUUUGGAGUUUGGGAUGUGUCGUAUUGCAUCUGGUUACUGGUAAUCCGCCAUUGUAUAUUGGCGCAAAAAAUCAGCCCAUGUCUCUGGAAAUGGCUGUACUGUAUCACCUCAACAGCGCCGACAAAAAGCUGCCUUGUGUUUACGAAUGGAUACCGACAAAUAUUCAAGAUUUGAUUAAGACAUGUUUAAAGUUCGAUCCGCUGGAGCGGCCGGAUGCCGCUGAGCUUCUUCAAAGCUUAGAAAUUGGAUACCUUGGAAUAACUGGACAAGAUACUGCCGAGUAUCUCGCAAAUCGUAAAGCUUUGUGGCGCUACGACCUGGUUUCUCAAGUUGGCUUUUAUUGGGAUGCUUGUGGUACAGGCAAUGUUUUCGUGAAAUGGCCGAUGUGCACGAACAGCCACUAAAAUUCGAUUUGUAUCCGGACAAGAAUUCCACGCAGCAGUCCCAGAUGUUCGACAAACGCUUGGCGUGCCCAACGAAGCUGGUGUAAUAAAAGAAAAAGCGCGAUGCGUGCAAAUUUCAUCCAAGGCGGCUAUAGCUGUUACAUUCCGACAUUCCGGAUAUCGGACCGUAAUAAGCAUAACCGCCACAGAUGGAUUCAAUAAACACCAAUAAACAACAAUAAACACCAAUAUUCAUGAUAAGAAGGAUAUAUGGGAUCAGCCGUAUUGCCGCAAGUGGUUUCAUUACGAAUGGCACAAAAAACGACCUGAUCGAUGUAUCAACAUCGGCAGACACGGAUUGACAAUCUAUCUGCGACUCUGGUUACAUCGGUUACAUAUCUUAUCAGCUGCCGAUAAUAUUGCGAUGCUUGCAGCAUCCAUUUACAUCCCCUUAUUUAUUAAAGGUAUCCAACCGUUAUCGCGAAGGUUCAUCACAGGUUCAUCAAAGGUGCGAUAAGAAAUGCGCACAUCCCACAAUAACAGCAGAUUCUGAAUACUGCCAACGGAUAACAGCCACCAAGUCUCUAAACAGCCCUGCUGCCGCUCCCUUAUACGAAACGAACUGCAGCAACAGCAUCAGGUGAACAGUGUGAGUGGGUGCAAUGUUGUUCGAUUGGGAAGAGUUCUGAGAGGAUCAAACACGUCAGUGACAUCCUCCUAUCUUCGUUAUACAACCAGAUCAGGUAGCUGGAGUCCCACACGUAACAGGUAGUCCUGCGUGAUGUUCUUGUACUUCGCUUUUUUGUUCAGUUCGGCCAAAGCCGUCACUUCGCCGGCUUGUGUGGAUGCUGCUGUGAUAUGGGAUAGGGCCAUCGUAUAGAUACACAAAGGCCACACCCCGUGUUAACAUUUUGCCUCGAUCCCAUGGUAUUAUGGUCAAUCUGUCAGGGCGUUUGCCGUUGGUUUGCGAUAUUCCCAGGAGCUUGAAUUCAGUCUCCAUGGUGGCUGACGAAUGAGGUGAAAUCUCGUUUAAGUGUGGCGUUUAAGCUGCUGUGUCUAGCCAUUUCUUACAGCUCGGGACGUGAUAGCCAGCAGCUCGGCAUUGUGCGGCCUCGCCCAACCACUUAUUGGCUAUUGCACAUACAUCGGUGCGGAGUUACGAUCGGUGUUCUAAGGCGCAGCCCAACAGCAUUCCGUACUGCAGCAUCGUUUAACAAGUUUCCCAGGGAUGCAGCUGGUAGCGCAUCCCGCCGUCCCUGGUGCUAACAACUAAAAGCCGCGCUUGGAAAUGUCAGACUUGGCUUAUUGUGAUAGCGCCUUCACGGAAGUUCGGAUGACUGGAUCAUCCUACACUUCUGAUAUUUUCGUGUUCCCACUGGUGGAAGGUCAGCUUCCGUUACACUCUGCUUUGGCGUCGAAACAGUACAAACCCGACUGCUUUAAAGCCAUUAAUUAAGUGGCUGAAUGCAAAAAAUGUCGUUAACGCAGAGCUCUAGUGAUGGUGUUUAGCACGGGCGCGCAGUACGUUGAGGGAGAAGGAAGUAUAAGUUAUUGCUCUUUAUUUUGCAGUUUCACUGACUUAUAACUGGCAUUAUUAAAUCUGGCGGUAUUACUUCCUUGUGU